AUGGGAAUUCCACAGCUCAAAAAACACCUAGAACCCCACGCAGAACGGAAAGUAAUAGAGCCAUGUAAAGCUGUUGUGGAUGGCCCCUCAUUGGCAUACCAUAUCCUGGGCCUUUGCUGCAGACAAACUCGCAGGACCAGCCCGUUUGAACAGCCGACAUAUGACCUACUUGGUAGAACAGCAAUUUCUUGGCUUAAUGCCAUCGAAGAAUGCGGCAUCUCGGUGAUUGCGAUCUACUUUGACGGCUAUCUCCCUCGGCAAAAGAGGCCAGAGCGUGUCCAGCGUUUGCUUCAUUCCUCCCGUGACCUAAUCAAGUAUCACUCUGCCUUUAUCACUGGAGUCCCCCGAGCCAGUAGCUCCAAGGCUGACGAUGACACUACUGUCGUUGACCUUUUCCCUCACUCAUGGCCGGGAGAAAGUCGGCCAAAGCCCCCUCCCCCAGCCUUCCUCGUCCCCGCUAUCAUUGAUGCGCUUUGUGCAUCAGAGUCCUAUGCUCGCCUGGUCUAUCUCGUACCGGGUGAAGCAGACGGGUUCUGUGCAGAGCGUGCUCGACGUGAGGGCGAGCCCGUCGUGAUCUUGACCUCCGACUCCGACCUGCUGGUGCACCCAUUGGGGGAUAAUCAGGCAGCCAGAGGAGAAGAGAGAGGUGAUGGGCUCUCGAGGCUGAGCUUUGAGCUAAGCAGGGAUCCCUAUCUCACACUAGGACAAGCCGUCGAGAAAUGUAAGAGGAAAGGAGACGAUGAAACACUACAGAAGGAGUACGAGGCGUUCGUACAGAGCUAUCUCACGCCCGAAAUUGGUACAGGAUUCCGCGAGCAAGGGCUAGGCUACAACGAGCCGCGACUGGACCCGAGGGUCUCAGAGCUUGUGCACCAAGUCCUCCAAAGAGCCUCAAGAGAAGGUCAAAAUGAAGAGUCUGAUGGCGAACAUUACAGGAAUGUGGAGAUGUUCCUUCCAUUAUUGCUUGAUUCGACUUCACGGACAAGCGCUUGGGAAGGGAGCAGAGACGUCAGACGGCUAGCCUAUGCUGUUUUGCAGUUGCUCACAACAAGACCGAUUUCUAUGGUGCAUGAAAUGCGACGGAUGCAGCGUGCAUCCUCAGGCACUGCAAUAGAAGUCCCACCUCAGGCUAAGGUUUCCGAGCUGACUUCUACACUGCUCAACCUGAUGAGCAAAAUCCAGCAGAGCGUAGGCCGCACUAAAGUUGUCUGGCUAGUUCUUGGUUUCUUCUAUGACAUAUGCUUGACGGUUGACCGUGGAAGGGGUUUCCCUCUCGGCCUCGAGCUACUGAGUCAGGAAAAGAGCGGCAAGCUGAAUGAAACUUCCUGGGAGUUUGUCCAUUUCCUUGCGGAAGUACAAGCGACGUGCUAUUCUUUGAGGAUGUUGUCGCAAAUGCUUGGGUUUGUGGCAAGCCGCGUCAAGAAACUACCAAAGCAGCUCACAAGGCUCUCUAGACUUCUCGAAGCUCUCCCUUCUCUCCCAGAGUUCCCUUCUCUUGGGACCUUCGCCGAAAUGCUCAGGUCGAUGCGGGAAGAAGGCGGCCUUGACUGCUUGCUUAAUGUUUGCAAUGACGCGCGCUUUAAUGAUAUUCUUCCACAUAUAGACGAGAUCAAGCGGUCAACAAUCAGGAAGAAGUCGCCGAAGAAGACGAAGGGGGUCCAGAUGGGCGAGGGCCGAAUCGCACCACGCCUGACCAAUCCUUUUAAUCUGCUGGUUACGGCAGGCAGUGAGGACUAA